UAGACCUUUAUAGGUUUCAUACUUCAGUGGUUAAACUGGGUCUGUUGUUGUUGUUGUUGACCACCAUGUAGGUUAUGUUGAUUUAAGAAGAAUACAAUAUAAAUAUCAAACAUGUUUUUCCGUCAAACAUUCGAAUGCCAAAUAAAAAUUGGACAACAAGCAACAUGGAUCAAAAUUUAAUUUUUAAACAAUAAAUUGCUUUAAAACUAAGAAAAAUGUCCUGACAGAUCCGCUUUAUUUGCAACACAUUUUCCACAAUCCCAUAACAAAUCAUUCAUCCUAACAAAAUGGCAUGCUGCUGUAAACCCGGAAAAUCGAAUAAAUCAUCAACAAGCUGUUUAGGACGGUGUGAUCUACCAAAGCACAGAUGUUUAGAGAGACGCGAAGUAAAACCUGGACCUGUGCCCAAACACAUGGGUUGGUUGUAUACGGCCAAAAAUUCACCUGAACAUCAGUUACGAUGCGGUUGGCGCCCGGGACAUGUAUCUUGUUCUGUACUCCGGAAGAUUGAACAACAUAAUUCUAUGAGAAUGGGCAGUUGCACUCCUUGCCCUUCUAGCUGUUCACGCCCCUUGUGUUCAAAGCCAUGCUGCAUGCCUCCGAAAUGCCUAGCUCUAUGUCCAUCCUCACCAUCAUGCUGCAAACAGCCUGCGGCUACACAGCCUAUCCUUAGAAUAAUAAGGCACGAAGGACAAUAUACAAUAUGUACAAAACCGUCCAAUGUCAACAACGCUCCGUCUGGUCCAUACCCACUAAAGUACGUCCUGAACACAGAUCCCGAUGAAGGACCAACAGCGAACGCAAAGUAUAGCGUAGAGGCUAAAUUCAAUGAUUACCAUUUUGAUUACACUAGCUCCCAGUCUUCCUUCGUUUUAGACUUUUCACCCCCCGAACAAAGAUGCUUUAAGCCAUGUCCGAAAUAAAGAUUGAAACAAGU